AUACAAAUUAUUUUAAUAUUAAAAUAAUUUCAUUUAUUUUAUUUAGAAAACAUCGUCUGCUGUAAAUAUUAGUCGUCUGCUAUACUGCCCCGUCAGCUUUAUAAAUCGUCUGCUAUAUUUUGUUGAUACACAAUCUACCUGGUUACGCUCGAUAGUUUUUUCUUACUCGAGCAUAACGUGUACCCGGUAUGGUAUAUAUAAGGCAAAACCCGUGCAGAAACUCACUCUUUACACGUUUGCAGUACAGAUUGACUGGUUUAAAACAUUUAUCUGCUAUCUACAUUGCCAAAUUAUGCCACGUGGCCGCGGAUGCGUACGUCCACAAAGACUGUCGCGGAACAACACCGCCAGGCAGCCCGAGCCAGCAAGUAGCGCAACAAGGAGCCAACAACCUUCAAACAGAGGGAGGAAACGAACGGCAGAGGUCCCGUUGGAAGAUUUUGUUGACAAGAGGGUGUCGCAAACGAACGCUGACAUCUGGGUCAUCGGGGACUCGAUCCCGUACUGGGCAGGCAAUCAUGCAAUACAAACUGGGAAGAAAAAUUUGAGACUACCAGGACAAACAAUUGCAUGGCUAGGGGUUCGAGGUCUGCGAUGGUCCACACUUCGACGGGAAAUUGAAGCUAAGGUUCUCCUAUCACCUGCUCCAUCGUUAAUACUUAUUCAUUUAGGUGGUAAUGAUUUAGUUCACUCUCAUGCCUAUGAUAUUAAAGGGACAAUACAGGAUGAAGUAUCUUACCUUCACGACGCAUUUUCCGUCCGCUUGCAUUAUUUGGAUUGA